AUGGAUUUCCACCACUUCACUUUCCUCUACGCGGCUCUUGUGUUUGCAUGGGAAGCCCCCUGUUUUCACACGCUCGCUAUUUUCCUGCCGUCCGGCCCCAAGAGCAGCAAGGUGACCAAGCUGCUUGAUGGACAAGAGGCGUCCAAAUACUUCAAGGAGUUUUACACGCCAGCCUCCAGCGAGAGACACAACAAAGGAGCUCCUAAAGACUUAGUGGAGCCUCACGACUACAUGCUCUCUAUUUAUAAGACUUUCUCCACGGCAGAGAAACUGGGACUCAACGCCAGCUUCUUCCGCUCGUCCAAAGCUGCAAACACCAUCGCAAGUUUUGUAGAUAAUGGACAAGAUGACCUCCCACUCUCCCCUCUGAGGAGACAGCAGUAUCUGUUCGACGUCUCAACCCUCUCCGAAAAAGCAGAGGUGCUGGGGGCCGAGCUCAGGAUAUACACCAAAGUGUCUGGGAAUUUCAGGAUAUCGGAAACAGAGCCCGUCGACAUCCAGCUCCUCUCCUGCCACGACCAGCAGCUGCUCGACUCCAAAACGCUGGAUCUUCAGGAUUCCCACGGGCCCAAAUGGGAGGUGCUGGACGUGUGGGAGAUAUUCCAAGAGCGGCAGCACCUGAAGCAGGGGAAGCAGUUCUGCCUGGAGCUCAGGGCCGUGCUGGACAACCCCGAGAGGGAGCUGGACCUGCACCUCCUGGGUCUGCACAGGCACGGGCGGCCCCAGCAGAAGAAAGCCAUCUUAGUGGUCUUCACCAGGUCCAAGAAGAGGCAGACCCUCUUCAGCGAGAGGAGGGACGGCAUGGCGCUGCUGGGCGUCCAAAGAAAGGCCAGAGAGAGGGGCCCUCGCACCAAAACCAGCAGGAGACGGAGGACGACGGCGUCCAAAAACCGCCACGGCAAGAGGCACGGUAAGAAGUCCAAGUCGAGGUGCAGCAAAAAGCCGCUGCACGUGAACUUCAGAGACCUGGGCUGGGACGAUUGGAUCAUCGCCCCGCUAGAUUACGAGGCGUACCACUGUGAGGGGGUGUGUGACUUCCCCCUGAGGUCCCACCUGGAGCCCACCAACCACGCCAUCAUCCAGACUCUGAUGAAUUCCAUGAACCCCAGCAACAUGCCGCCCAGCUGCUGCGCCCCGUCCAAACUCAGCCCCAUCAGCAUUCUGUACAUCGACUCAGGAAACAACGUGGUCUACAAGCAGUACGAGGACAUGGUGGUUGAGUCCUGCGGCUGUAGGUAG